GCAUAAUUCUUAGCCAAUCAACCGACAUGGGUACGUGCCGUGAUUUAAAGGAAUAUCAUCAUCACAUCCUCGACCACGCGCAUCGGCCUCGUGACGUUCCUAGCUGUAUCAGAAGGAGGAGGACAAACGCAGGAGGACACCAUGUUCACAAUGACGACACCGAGGCAUCACUGGAGGACCCAGGAUGAGUUCUUCUUUGCGACAGUUGGCAUGUGUCUGGGCCUGUCCAACUUGUGGAGAUUCCCGAAUUCCGUGUACCAUAACGGAGGCCGUGAGUAUUCCGGCGGAUCUGGCGAAGCAUUCUUCUAUUCACCGGCUACACGAGGAAUAGUAGACGAUUUUUUUUCUAUUCCGUCAGAAACCACGACACUUCAAACUUAGAUAUAUCUGCAAUGUGUGUCUCUGCUGUUUUCACAUGUUGCUCUGUGAAACCACCUUUAGCAUAAGCACUGGACUGAGCGUGCUUUCCAGACCGUCUCCAUGGUCGGAUUGGAUGGCGAAUUGGCAGCGCAGUUCUUCGUAUCGUGUGGCGUUUCCAAAAUGACUUCGUUGCCUAACAUCCCUGGGUUCGUGUCCUUCUGGGAAGUCUCGCCGAGUGAGACACAGAUAACCAACAUUUAUGGCAUGGAUUGGUCAACAAUAUAGAGGCAGUGCGAGUACACGUGAUCUUCGAAUGAAUGAAUCAAUGACAUCUAGAUUGCAAAGACUGGCGCUUUGGCCUAUGCUAAGGGGUCCGGAGAACACAGGUACGAGAAUGGCUGAAAAUGGAGUGGUAAACAGAUCUUCGAAUGGGAGCUUUACAUCACGAAAUAACUGAACUACCUAUAUUGCCGGUUCAUAGGAGUCUCUAAAGCGCACGCUAACUUGUAAGUCAAAUCAUUAUGCCUUGUGUUUCUUUUUUAACCUGGCGGACGCUAAACCGCAGUGGUUAUUGCACACUUUAAGGCAAUGACGUGCCCGCACUCUUUCAGUGGUCUUCAUCGUGGUGUACGUGUUCCUCAUGGCUGUCGUCGCGCUGCCUAUGAUGUACCUUGAAGUCUUCCUCGGUCAGUUCACCAGCCUCACGGUGCCUGGAGCCUUUGGAGGAUUUCCCUUAGCAAAAGGUUCCGUGCAUACACAUCAACGCUACCCUAGCGCGCAAAUACGCGUCGCAAAACUACAGUGAGAAGGACGCCCUGGCGGUUCUGUCAGACAGCGGUCGUUCUGUGAUGGUCCCGGGCGCAGAGUACAACGCCAUGCGCAGCACCUGCCUCAACGCCACGCAGACCUCAACCGAGCAGUUCCUGCUGAAGAAAGUCAUGCGUCUCAGCUCUGGAUUCGAUGAGGUUGAUACCAUAAACGUCGACAGCCUUCUCGUAAUAGCCAUCUGCUGGUUCGCGGGCUUCCUCGCAGUCAGUAAAGGCAUCAGAAGCUAUGCCAAGGUCGCUACGUUCGGUGCAUGCGCCUCGUACGCCCUGAUGUUCAUGCUGUUCCUGGCGAGCGUGGUGCAACGUGGAUCGACGCGUGGCUUGCACGCAUACUUCCGCACGGAGUGGGAAAAGCUCGGCGACGUCAGGACGUGGAGGAGUGCGACGCAGCAGCUACUGUACAGCACGGGCCUUGGGAUUGGAUUAGUCACCUGCUAUGCGAGCUACAAACCCUUCGCAUGGCCGUUGUCGCCGAACAUCGUGAAGCUCAUCAUAAGUGACUUCGUCUUCAGCCUCCUCUCCGGCUGCGUGGCGUUGUCACUAAGCGGCCAUGCCACCACCCUGUACGGCAUUGACCUCGAGGACAUUGUCGUCUCUGACGGCCUACCUGGUGACGGCAAUGUCGGCCUUCGAGGACAUGUACCCGUCCAUAAGAGAGCGCCCGACGCUCUUCAGCUUCGCCACCUGUGCCGUACUAUUCUGCUUUUCCCUACCGACAGCUACCGGAGGAGGCCUGUACAUUCUCAGCCUCAUUGACGCCACCAUAUACCUCGACCUGCUGCCCUGGAUCGCUCUAGCAGAGGUCAUCCUCAUCGUCCAAGGAUACGGUACGACGAGGUUGCGUCUUGACAUUCGAUUCAUGACAGAACAGUUUCCUAGUGCUUACUUCUGCAUCUGCUGGCGCUACAUCUGUCCUCUGGCCCUUGUGUACGAGCCAUAUGGAAGACAAAGUGCCUCCGGCUUUCUUCUCUAUUCGCAAGGCGUUGCAUGGGGACUGACUUUUGCAGACGCCCAACGGAUCAACUUCGAAGCCCCUGUCUUCACUAACCUCUGCUGUUGGACAGUUCCUGACCUCCGCAAUUGAUACAAAAUCGCUGAAGAGGUAGAUUGUGAUGCAGCCUUAACUCCCAGAUAACGACA